AAACCAACCGACUGAUUGAGUAGUGCGGCCAUAUUGUCUUGAAUGAGUGCGUGAAAACAUUGGCGAAAGAGCCAAAACAAAUCUUCCAACAUCUCGUCGUUGUGAAGAUUAAUCGUUGCCACAACUAUAAUGGAGAAUUCUUAUGGAAUUGGCACACGUAAUAGAUAUGCUCUUUUUUUGGAUGAUGAAUCAGAUCCGCUAGAACUUCUUAAAGAGAAAGAACAGGAAAAAGAGCAAAAGAAGAAGAAUAAGGCUUCUGAGAAGGAAAAUAAAAUAAAGACGGAUGCCCCGACUAAAGUGAAAACGGUACAAGGUUCCAAGAAAACGAAUAAAGAGACUCCGGCCCACAAGCCCCAAGAUAGCAAGCGUGAGGAUACUAAGCCUAAUCCACGCUCUAAUAUUGAAAGCAAACCAGAAAGAAACUUUAACAAGUUCAAUAACGAAAAUCGUGAGGAACGAAAUAACCGGCGAAAUCGUGAAGAUAGACAAUUUAAUGGACCUGUAGAUGGAAAUCGUGAUAGAGAUGAUCGACCUCCAAGGAAAGAUUUAUCUGAUAACUUUGAGGGACGUCCAAGGAACAGGAAUGUUGGAAAUAAAGAUGGACCUCGCGGACCUAGGAAUAAUCGCAAUUUUGAGCGACGAGGAAAGCGGGAAUUUGAUAGACAAAGUGGAUCAGAUAAAACUGGCGUAAAACCGAUUGAAAAACGAGACGGAGCUGGUGCACAUAAUUGGGGAUCUCACAAGGAUAUUAUAGAAGAAGUUAACAAGGCUGAAGAAAUUGAUGCUUCCUGGGGCGAUGUCGAUAAAAACGAUUCUGGAUUAUCAGCUGGAGAAAAUAAGGAUAGUGGAGAACCUGAACCAGAAGCUGCUCCAGAAGUGGAAGAGCCAAAGGAACUCACUCUGGAUGAAUGGAAGGCUCAACGUGAGGCUCAACGCGCUGGUCGUACAAAACCUCAAUAUAACAUACGUAAAGCCGGAGAAGGUGAAGACCCAACCCAAUGGAAAAAGAUGUAUGAAUUGAAGAAAAAGGAAGAAGAGACUGAGGAAUCCGAGGAAGAAGAAUAUGAUCAAAAUGAAUACCCACAACGUGUUGGAAGGCAAAAACAUAUACUGGAUAUUGAUAUUCAUUUCAACGAUAGUAGACGUGGUGGAACUGGUGGACGUGGCAGAGGAGGAAGAGCUGGUCGUGGCGCAAGAUCAAACAGAGACCGACAACAACCACAACAACGUUUCCGUGGAGGCCCAGGGGCUGGAGCUGGUGGUGUGGCUAACGAGGAUCACGAUGACUCUUCACAGCGUGCAGAAAGGGCACCAAAAGUCGAUGAUGAACGCGAUUUUCCCUCUCUCAGCUAAGAAGUCAAAAUUUUUGUUCAUUUUUACCGUUUUGUUAACUCUUAACGUUUGCAAUUGUUAAUUAUUUGGUACAAAUUCCAAUAAUAACUAGCCAAAAACCUGUAGCUAAAUUUCGAACAUUGCAGCAGUUUUUCAAUGACAGACUGCAAACGGUGAUUGUUACUAGUCAGAACUGAGAUUGUUAUUCUUGUGUCAAAAACUUAUGUCCUACUAGUAACACAUUUGCUUUUAUUUUUUAUAGAUUAAUUUUCUACAUCCGUUUGCUGUUAUUGCAGUUCGGUAAAUUUCACCAUCAAAUAAAAGCAUAAUUCUAUCAACAAUUUCUUCGUUUUAUAAACGUGAUUAUAUUUCUAAUAAACGUUGGCGUAAGCUUUAUGUUACAGCGCGAAAAUGUAAAUGAAUAUUCUAUUUAUCCCAUUUUUCGUAUUUUUAUACGCCGCUCCGUAGAGCUAGUUUAGAAUAUCUUGGGCUUUGGCGUUGAGUUGUGCAGUGACAAAACUACCUAUUUUUUUGAGUUUUAGUUUUCGAUAAAAAAAUAUUGGCCGUGUGGUCAUCAUCGUUUACAUGGCUAACGGUCCAGUCAAUGUUUUUGAAGUGUACAAUAGAAUGUAAAAGGUCUGACCCUCGCGCAGUUUGCGGCCCAGGACAUUUUAAAAUAACUCUAAUAAUCAACGAGUGAUGGUUGUUUCGUUUUUAUUUUCCCAUAUACAGGUAGAUAAAACAACUAUUUUUUUUUUAAUUAGUUCCCAGUUAUAGUGCGAGAAGUGAUUUUAAUUUCAAAAAUUUUAACUUCUAACCUUAGUGUAGCGUGAUUAGUUUACACAAUGUUUCCUUUUUUUUUAUUAAGACUUGUCAAAAAUGUAUAAAAAAUGUCUUAAAUGAUAUUCGCAUAUAAAUAUCGAUGAGAAAAAGACACUUAUUAAUUUUUAAUUUCACGUUCGUUAACCAGUUUUUAUUUUAAAAACGUACUACGAUACAUCUUAUUAAUUAGCAAUUAAUUUUGAGCAUAUUUGCUCAAAUGUAAAAGCAGGUAUUGGUGCUUAUUAACAUUUUUUUUUAACACAUUUUCCUCUCUAGAAUCACGUUGCCAAGUAUAUAUAGUAAUUUUUUCUGAAGGAUGUUCAACAUGUAGAUUUGAUCAGUUAGUUUUAAGUUCACGAAAACUUACUGAGAUUAUCCAGAGGGCGGGUACAGGUUUGAAUUAAAAAAAAAAGAGUUAAAACAUUUUUAAUUUUUAUAGUAAAGCUUGAACCACAAUAUGGUUUUUAAGAAUUAGAUUUAAGUUUUUAGGGUUGGGUUGUUCCUCUGAUUUUGCUUGUAGUGAUUGCGAUUUAGUUUAUAACAGUUCAAAAAUGUAAAUAACUGGGUUUCAUGCUUUUAACUAAUCUACUGUUUGUUUUAAAGUAUUGCUGUAUUAAUAGGUUUUUAAAGAGGAAUUCCCAAUCGUUAUUAAACUUGUAUGUUAAUUAGGAAUUUAGUUUUCAUUUGCUGAUCACAGUAUCUUUUGCCUUUUUUUUUAAAUAUUAAUGUUCCUUAAACACCACACCUUUCUUGUACGUGUAUUGGAAUGUCAAUAUUUAAGUUUGGAUUAAAAAGAAUAACCUCUACCUCGUCGCUUUUUAAAAUGACAUUUAUUUGUAAUAAUCUCUAAGGGCCACAUUAAUUCCUUAUUUCUUGAUUUCUGAGCUGCAUAGUUUGUAAGACAUCAGCUAGUACACUGUAAGAAAAUUUUCUCAAUUUAUUGCGAUACGAAAAGUAGCUAUUUAAUUAAUUUCAGGAUAUAAGGAAUGUUUCAAGUCUUUAGAGAACAGGAAAAAACAGAUGAGUGUAUGUUAUACCUAGUAGCUCAUAGCGCUAGUUUGGAGAUUAAUUCUAAACAUCUUCAAAAAAAUUGUUGUUAUAUUUUCUACUAUUAAUGACUGAUAUAGUAAGUACUUCAUUUAAGUGUGAUGUGAUUGAAUGUGCUGCAUUGUUUUUCGUUUUUUAUCUCAUUGAAUUAAUUAAAAAUAUGUAAUAAAAUGACACAAGCAAGUAAUAGUCAACUCUGCUUGCUCAACAUUUGAAAAAUGAAUGUAAAUAAAAGAUUAAAUAUUUUGAAUGGUGGAUUUUUCACGAUACAAACCAGUUUCUACUUGUUUUUUUUUGUUUUUAAUAAUUUUCAAAUAUUUUUUUAUAAAAUAAUUCUAGUUAAUAAAUUAAUGCUGUGUAACAGUGAAAUUUUUACUUUGCAACUAAUUAUAUUAGAUCAAUUUAAUAGUGCGUGUAACAUAAAUUUGAAUUGUGAACUAAUGGAAAAAUAUCGAGGUUCAAAUAUCUGUAGAAGAAAGUGUUUUCGGUUUUAAAGAUAAAAUUACAAUUAGGCAUUUUAAGUUCUUUUUGUAAUACUUUUCACUCAUCAUGACUUUUUCAAUGUUACAUACUAUAGAUUAAGUGUUGUUUCAAAUAAUAUUCUAUCUGCCAAAUACUGUAAGUGUGGCUAUUAUUAAUCGUAUUUAUAUUUUGCUUUUAUUUGUCCUAAAAACUGCUUGCCCACGCGAUUGUUUUGUGUAAUUUUGCUACGGGGCAUUGCAUUCCGCUAGCUAUUGAAAAUUUUGUUCUAUCAAAUAGGAAUAUAUCUCAUAUGUGAGAUAGCUACAAAAUCUGCGACCAUACUGGUUGUGAAUACAAUUGAUUGACUGUAUGUUCAAACAAUGAAUACAUACAGAACAAAUAUAAAAUGUAAUUUUUCUUUUUGUUUGCUCUAGAAUUACAUAUUGUCAAGUUGUUUUUACAUACAGGUAACCAAAUAUAACUUUCAAUGCAUUUAAA